CAAACAUUCGAGGAAUUCAACACAACACAACACAACAGUGGUGCAUCAGUGGUGCAACUAUCACAUAAAGUGUCAAAAUAAUAGUUAUCUAUUACAUUAUUUCAGUCCAUAUUGCUAUUUAAUUUGUUGAGGAUUGAUUAACCUUAUUUGAUAACUCAUAUGGCAUCUUCUCCAAGGUGGCUGCCUUUGGAAUCAAACCCCGACGUUAUAAGCCAGUAUUUAUGGUCCAUUGGUAUGUCAAAGAAAUGGCAGUUUGUUGAUGUUCUUUCUCUUGACGAAGAAUUGUUGUGUAUGAUUCCACAACCUGUUUGUGCUUUAGUUCUACUAUUUCCAUGUUCAGAAAAAUAUUACCACUUUAAAGAAGAAGAAGAAAACUGCAUUGAGAAAAAAGGACAGACUAUAAGUUCAAACUUAUAUUAUACAAAACAAACUAUUGGUAAUGCUUGUGGUACAGUGGCCUUGAUUCACUGUGUUGCUAAUAACAUGGAACAAAUUAGUAUUGAUGAGGGAUUUUUGAAAACAUUUAUUGAAUCAACAAAGUCUCUCACACCAGAAGAAAAGGCUGCAAAGUUAGAGUCAGAUGAGUCAAUGAUAGAGGCCCACGAUAAUUUUGCACAAGAAGGACAGACAGAGGCUCCGUCACGAGAUGAACACGUGAAUCUUCAUUUCGUUGCAUUGGUGGAGAAAGAUGGUCAUUUGUAUGAAUUAGAUGGAAGGAAAAAAUUUCCCAUAAAUCAUGGAAAAUCGUCAGCGGAAACGUUUUUACAGGAUGCAACCAAAGUGUGCAGAGAAUAUGUGAAGCGAGAUCCUGAUAACCUGAGAUUCACAGUAAUCGCUUUGUCUGCAAGUGAUUCAUGACGUCAUGCGCAACUCUGCGAAAAUGGUUUAUUUACAGUAAUUUGAUUGUUGAAAACAAAUGAGCAUAACUGAUUGUCAUUGAAACUUGAUGGACACGAUUUCUUGUGACUCUUGUUUAAAAUGGCGUCUUUGCUUUUGCGAUCGAAAGGAGCCGGAUUACUUAGUUACAACAAUUAUUCAGUUAUUAAUAUAACAAAUAAUAGUCAUGAAGCUAAAAGCAGUCUCACUCCACUAUAGUUGGAGGAUUAUUUCUAUCCACUAAAAGUGAUUAAUUUUUUUAUUUCGGGUAAACCUUACUCCAAAUCAUGCUUCAUAAUUUAUUUAAUAUGUAAUUCAGUAUACUAAAAGUUGACAUUUUACU